UAAUUACUUUCUUGAAUGGAACAUUUUCAUGGAUUAACUGAAUAUUGGUACUUAAUUUUACGUUAAAGUGAUUUUUUCACUUUGAACAUACGUGAAAAGUUAAGUAGAAUGGCUGGUAUAAAAGAUUUUUCCUGCGUUGGUGGUCUUGAAAAGCAUAUACGAAUCGUCAAAGAAAUGGUUCUAUUUCCUCUUAUAUAUGGAGAUAUUUAUGCAAAAUUUAACCUUCGACCACCACGAGGACUUUUAUUUUAUGGACCACCAGGUACAGGGAAAACAUUAGUUGCAAGUGCACUUGCAGUAGAAUGUAGUAAUUCUGAACGAAAGGUUUCAUUCAUUUCACGAAAGGGAUCUGAUUGCUUAAGCAAAUGGGUUGGUGAAAGUGAAAAGAAACUUCAAAAAAUUUUUCAAAUGGCACAGCAAAGUAGACCAUGUAUCAUUUUUUUUGACGAGGUCGAUGGACUAGCACCAGUAAGAUCGAGUCGUCAAGAUUUUGUUCAUGCAAGUAUAGUAUCAACUCUACUAGCUUUAAUGGAUGGCUUAGACAAUAAUUCAGAAAUUAUUGUAAUUGGAGCUACUAACAGGCUUGAUGCUAUUGAUCCAGCUCUGAGAAGACCUGGAAGAUUCGAUAGAGAACUCUACUUUCCUUUGCCUUGUUUUACUGCCAGAAAAGACAUACUUUUGAUACAUGUAAAAAAUUGGAAACAGAAGCCACCACAAAAAUUCCUUGCUUAUCUGGCAUCAAUAACCGUUGGCUUUUGUGGUAGUGAUUUGCAGGCUCUUUGUACCGAGGCUGUAAUGUGUUGUGUUAGGAGAAAUUAUCCUCAAAUAUAUACUACCAAAUCAAAGCAUCAUAUAAACGAAAGAUCAUUAAAGGUUGAAAAACUAGAUUUUAUUAAAGCCCAGCAGAACAUAGUGCCGGCCUCACAUCGUGUUUGCAUUGCACCGGUAAAAACAUUAUCGACGGAAAUUCGACCACUUCUUGAAAAUAUAUUGAAUCAUAUUAUGACAAAUUUGUAUAAUAUUUGUCCAACAGAAAUGAUAACAUCAGAAGAUUCAGUUAUUAAAACAUCACAUUCAACCAAUUGUCCCAGGAUUUUAUUAUGCGGAAUUGAUGAUUGUCAUACUCGACAUAUAGGACCGGCUAUUUUACAUACAUUGGAACAUUUACCUUGCCAUAUUUUAGAUGUGACAACACUUUUUGAAGAAACUGGUAGAGCUGCAGAAGAAUCUAUUAUUCAAAAAGUGAAGGCUGCACGCCAUACACUGCCGUCUCUGUUAUAUGUACCUGAUAUUCUGUCCUGGUGGGAUUUAGUGGAUGAGGCCGCGCGUGUGAUAUUUACAUCAUUAUUACGAGGCUUAGAUCAAUCUGUCCAUAUUCUUAUAUUGAUUACCGCCAAAUGUGAUCUUGAAAAUAUACCAUUAGAGAUUUCAGUAUUAUUUAAUAAACAUCAAGGGGAAAUCCAACAAAUUCCAGUACCUAAUGCAACCGAACGAGAAAAUUAUUUUUACGAACUUUUUCUCAAAGCAAAUUUUACCUCAAAUAACGUCUCCAAUAAAUCAUGCAAUGGAGAAAUAAUAGAAUCCACGCCGGUGAAAAAAAUUAAAAUGGAAAGUAAAAUACGAACAAAAAGGAAUACUGCUUCCGAGACUUUAAAAAAAUCCAGAUCGGCAUCUAUAGCAAGUGUAAAUAAUGGCAGUAACAAGCGAGAAUAUAAAAAUGCAUGUGGUGAGGGUCCUUUGAUAAAACGUCAACGUCUUGUUUCAUCAAAUGGAAAUUCGUUGAAACCUCUCAAUUCCGAAAGAUUAAAUGAAGCUCAGUUACAGAAAAUUUUGCAUAGAACAAUUUUGUUAACGGAGGGAUGGCCUUGUCAUCAAUUGGAAUGUUUACGGACUUCUCUCGAAUGGAUUUUAGAUAGCCAAGAAUCUGAUAUUUAUGAACCAAUCAAUAAAUGUCUUAAUAAUUUUGAACAUGGAUCUUCUAACUACCUAAACAACGAAUUAAAACUUGAACAAACGUAA